AUGGAGGUUGAAAUUUUUGAUGUUUGGGGAAUUGAUCUUAUGGGUUCGUUUCCCUCGUCCAGUGGGUGUAAGUACAUUUUGGUGGCCAUUGACUAUGUGUCGAAGUGGGUGGAGGCCAUAUCUAUUCCUACCAAUGAUGCCAAGGUUGUGGUUAAGAUUGUGAAAAAGCAUAUCUUUACAAGAUCCGGCACUCCGAGAGUGAUGAUAAUUGAUGGGGGCAAACAUUUCUGUAACAAGCUCUUGGACAAUGUCUUAGCGCAAUAUGGGGUCAAAUAUAAAGUUGCAACCGCUUACCACCCUCAGAAUAGUGGGCAAGUGGAAGUUUCAAAUAGAGAGAUAAAGCAGAUCCUGGAGAAGACGCUGGUUUAUGGGAAAGCAUGCCAUUUACCGGUGGAACUUGAGCACAAGGCUUAUUGGGCAAUAAAGAAGCUGAACUUUGAUGCAGACUUAGCGGGUAGAAAGCGAUUGAUGCACCUGAACGAGCUUGAUGAGUUUUGCUUGCAUGCGUAUGAGAAUGCCAAGUUAUAUAAAGAAAAUACCAAGCGCUGGCAUAAUAAGCAUAUUCAGCAUUGCGAGUUCGAACUGGGCCAAUUGGUUCUCUUGUUCAAUUUGAGGUUAAGACUCUUUUCGGGGAAGCUCAAAUCGAGAUGGUCGGCCCCGUUUGAGGUAGUGAGAGUCACUCCACAUGGUGUAAUUGAGUUGCGCGUCUUAGGUGGCGAGAGAACGUUCUUAGUGAACGGCCAAAGAGUAAAGCACUAUUAUGGAGGUGACUUUGAUCGUCAGAAGUUGAAGGUGUUACUUGACAAUGAUUAG